AUGCAACUUACUUCAUCCACUUCCCAAGCCCUGCUGCUUGCACUUGCAUGCGUGGAAAUUGCCUCCGCAAAAGUCUACAACUGCCCUGGUGCUCUCAAUGUCAAUGUGGUCGACGACAAGACUAUGGGCUCUUGCUGCAUCGGCUCUAACGAUGACUCCUGCGACGUGACCAUUCCAGUCACUGCCACCAACUACGAUGCUCUUGUUUCGAGCGCUAGCUCCAAGUAUCUAAACAAUAUCAACACCAGUAACGGGGGUAAUGGGGGUAAUGGGGGCAAUGGAGGGAGUGAUGUCAACAUCAGCAACGGAGGCAAUGGGGGAAGCGGUAUCUACAUCAGCAACGGCGGUAGCGGCGGCGCUCCUGGAGCUCCUGGAGCCCCAGCAUCAACAUCAGCAACUACCACAAGCAAAUCGAGCCAGACCACUACUACUCUCUCGUCUCAGAGUACCAAUACCGCCAGCUCAUCUGGCUCCUCCGCCAAGCCCGCUGCGGCUUCAACGGCCGCAUUUACCACUGUCACUUCAUCGGCCGGAUCUACUGUUACUGUCACUUCUUCGACUAAGACUGGCGGUGCUGGAAAGCUGGACAUGGGAUACGCCAUGGGUGCCCUUGCUUUUCUGGCUGGAGUUGCGCUCCUUUAA